AGCUGCGACUGUGGACUGAGGGCUCUCUAUUCAACACAAGCUUUCUUGGCCCUUGGAACUCUUACCGCACUUGCAAUCCGGGCUUGAUACUCCUAGGUCUGUAUAUCCGUAUGACGAGGUAGACGAGUCAAAGGCACCUACUCUCCAAUUCUCUUGAUCAACGGAACGUCUCAUGGAUCGACCAUCAAGUGCUGCUCGUCGGCGGACGUUCGACCUUCCCUCCAAGCCAGAGACCGGAUUGGCAGAAUGGACAAGCAAGAUCAAAGAGCUACAACGGCAGGUCGACCAGGACGAGGAGACGGAACAUAAGCGACUUGAGGAGGAGAUCCGGGCAUCCAGGAUGGCUCGUCUGCGUAGGAGCGGUCAAAUCGGGAGCGUCGACCUAUCUAAGAGCGACCUGUCCAGUGUGGCCUCAUCGCCCGCGCCGGACAGCCCAGCGAGCCCGGCUGGAAGGCAGCAGGGUCAAGAAGACGCCUUACGGAGACUGACUGGCGAGGCACGGCCAUCCACAACGGAGCCUGUGAAAUCCGUCUCCUCCAAGGCCCCCAUGUCGCUCGCGGAAUUCAUGGGAGGUCGUGCGACUGGUCCGCGACUUACGCGGCAUGCACCCCAACAGGAUGCCCAUGACCCGACUCAGUUUGAGCAGCGUACGCUCAGGAAUAUCACCACCCCUCAUCCGGUCUUUGGCCGUGGCGGCGUCGCUAUGCCUGGCAUGACAGGCAGAAAUCGCACACCCGCGCCAUCUACGCCGGAGCCGGAGGAGCGAGCGAGGCUAGCCUCGGUGGCCAACCAUAUCACUGGACGGGACCGCAAACAGAGUACGCCCUCCGUCGUGCAGUCGAUCGUACACAAAGUCGAAGUGGAGACAGUAGCGCCGCAGAAGACCGGAGCCUCAACCGCUUCUUCUUACACGAUGCGACAGCGUACAAUCAGUACACCGACUGGUAGCGCCCCCCUAAUAAGCGCACCUCCGACUCGUACAUGGGAGACCACGGUACAGCACAACAACGGCGCUACAUCCCGGCCAGUGUCAAUUUCCCCUGGCCUACGUUCAGCAACACCUGGACAGGACCGUCACACACCCGCGAGGCCUAUACAAACCCCACCACCUGUAUCUUCAUCCUCCAUAUCACGUCCUUCGAGUUCUUCUCGCAGCCCUGCCCCAACUUCUCCAACCACCUCAUCCUCCCCGAAAGCAACCAUAAGCACGCCAUCCCUGGCGAGACCAAUCCAACCGUCACCGCGCGCUUCUCUCGGACCUCAGCUCCCAAUCUCCCUAAAUCCUUCGCCUGCGUUCCUUCGUGCACCUCCACCUAAAGACCCCACGCCGAGUAUCAGCCGUCUGCAAGGACGCGGCUUCGUCAAGAGCAUGGUACAAGCGACCGCUCAACUUUCAGUUGUAGCGCCUCCCACCCCACCCCUGCCAGAGAAGAAGGAUUCCGGAGGGCGAAAGUCAGCGCCUGUUCUAGACCGAUGGCAGAACACCGGAACCACGAGCUCGACGCCAUCUCCUCCGCCAAUUAUCUCUCCUCGGCCCGCUGCGAUGCGCAAGUCGUGGACGGUUGACCCGUCUUCUCCGGAUACGACGCCCCCGCGCUCGGUGAAGACGGACUACACGGGCAGGUCGCUCAAGUCCGUCUCCUCUGUCCCCUCCUUCCACCACUCAGACGCAGCAUCGUCUUCAGCCAGGAGCGAUGCGGGCGACGGCUCUCCGCGCGGGCGAGGCCUCGGGUCGUCCACGACGAUGAUCUCGUACAUCAAGCCCAUCAAGACGGGCGACAGACCGAUGACGGCGUCGCCGCCUCCUCCAGAGGUGGUGGACGAGAUGGGCGUGCGGGUGCGUACGCGCAGCAAGAGCCAGCAUCGCUCGCGGAGCCGGCACCGCUCGAAGAGCAGAGAGGCGCCGCGCGAGGAGCGGGAGGGCGGGGGAGCAUCUGCGGGGCUUCCGCCAGCGGGCAAACCACUCAGUCAUCUGACGAAGGACAGGGCGAAGAAGCCUCGGAAGGCGAGGUUUGCGCAAGACCCUGUCCAGGAGACUCGUGUAGUCUCUUCUUCAGCAGCUUCUGCUGAGGUGAAGCAGACCUCGCAGCCAGAGCCGGCGCCGCUCUCUCACCUUAUCUCGACUGCACCGGCCCCGGAGGUUGUGGUCUCUCUUCCGUCGUCGGACCAUGCACCGACUUCGCAGCAGGAGCAAAAGCCUGUUUCGCCGCUGAAGAGCAGGUUCGAGGAUGACUUUGUCCCUUCAGCGUCCCCGCCGGUGGCAAACAAGCCUAGCCAGCUCAGCCAGCUAGUGAUGCCGAAGUCGCUGGUGGCUCCUACGCAAAGCAUCGCUUCCCCUGUCACGCCUAACCGUGGCUUGACCCCAUCGCCGACCUCACAGCAGGCGAAGGAGAAGCCUCCGGCGUCCCCCGGACGUCACACUCGUAUUCCGAGCACUGGAAACCGGGCACUAGUCAUGGAUGUCGCGCAGGCCCUGGCAGUGCAGACCGCCCUUGAACAGAGGCAGCCGCGAGAGGAGCAGGAGGCUGAAGUACCUCCACCGCCGGACGUCAAGAUCGUCGCGGCGAACUGGGGACCCAGGAACGGGACUGCCAGGGCCGACGCUGAUAAGCGGAAAUCUAGCUACGAGAGAUACUCGGCGAUCAUGAUGCCCCCGCUAGAGGAGGAAAAGACACCUACACCUUCGCCGGCUGGGACACUUGCUCGUUCGUCUGUCCCUGUGGUGCCAGACGUCAUCCCUGAAACAGAGCAAGAGGUCGCGCCUCCUGCAGUGGAAGGGCCUGCAGAGUCUUCAGCGUCGUUGGCAGAGGUCGUGUCAGAACCAGCAGCGCCCGCUGAAAGCAAGAUCAUCCACAUUGAAUCUGUCGACGAGCCAUUGCCUAAUAUCGAUGUCGCCGCGCUGCUCAACUCAGGCUGCAGUCCGUACUCGCCGGAUGCAGAUGUGCAGACGAUUUCGGUCGAUGUCAUGAUUAUCGUGGGGAACGUGGCGACCGCCAUUCCUCGUGACACUUACAUCUUCUACGACCACGACGUUUUGGCUAUCAUACAUCGCGCUAAAGUGCGGUCUACCGGUCUCGUCUCAACAAAGGUGUGGGGAUGGAAAGGGAAGCACGGCCGCCUCGGGGAACGAGAGGAGCAAAAGCUUCAGGGACUUGCGCGACAAUACGGGACGAAAAUGGUCAGGAUCCAGCAAUAUUGUGAACCCACGGAGCUAGUAGCGGUCCUGGGCGGGAAGCUUGCUAUUCGUCAGGGUUCGCGGUCGCACUGGUCUCCCGAGAAUACCGCCAUGCAUCUCGUUCGGUCCCUGAAUGGGGUAACCUUCAUAGACGAGGUCGACAUAGGCAUCCGGAACCUAUGCUCAGCGUUCAGCUAUUGCUUGUCCCUCCUGGGAUCGUUGUAUGUCUGGCACGGAUGCGGUUCUGCUGACGCUGAGCGCGCGGCCGCUUGUGAAUAUGCGAGGGCCCUUGCUUCGUCGGCAAGUGUCAUUGAACUCGUCGAGGGCGAGUCAGAUGCGGAUGACGAGAUGUUCUGGCUAAUCCUUGGCGAUGGCGAGUAUGCGAAGGCCGAUUAUUGGAAGUGGAAGGCAUCUUCUCCGUCUGUUCACCCACGCAUAUGGUCAGUAGAUGCAACGAAGGGAGAUGAUGCGAUCCAACCUGUCCCUGCAUUUGCGGAUCACCCAGAAUUCCACCACCUUGUUCACCUCGUGGACUGUGUCUGGGAGUUCUUCGUCGUCGUCGGCAGUGAAGCUCGUGGCAAACGAAGAGAUAUCAAACUGGCACUCGCAGUAGCUACGAAAUUGUCUGAUAUCACGGCCUCAUCGAGGCCAUUUACCCCAACGGUACAUGCAUUGAUCCUGCCUUCACAACUGCCUACCGACCUCAGGCUUCACUUCCGAGACCUUGAUGAGGCUGCUGUGAAUGCCGGACAUAUACCAGAGCAUAUGAAUCUCCUCGCUGCAGGGGAUGCAGAGGAACAUCUGAAGACAACUACAUGGGAAAGGGCUAUCACGAAAGACCCCUCUAUGUUGCCCUUGGGCGUACACGUUUCGGAUCUGAGGUGAUCUGAUUCACUAUUUCAGGAACACUAUCUCCAUCCCGCACCACUCGCUUUAUAUACCUCCGCUGGACUAACCAAGCUAUGCUUAUGUGGAAUGCUAUCUAUCGCAGUUCUCGUGCUUCAUCCUUCAGCUAUGUUGUUUGACUCCCGGAUUUGCUCACGCUCCAGUCCCAGUUGAGCACUUGAUUUCAGAGC